AUGGAGGAUGGGGAGAAAUUUUACUUCACUGGUUUUUAUGGGCAAACCGAGCCAAUUUUAAGGCAACAAGCAUGGGAUAUGCUGAGAAGAGUGAAGAGCACGGUUAAUGAAGGGUGGAUCGUGGGAGGCGAUUUUAACGCCAUUUUGAACGACUUCGAGAAGGAAGGUGGUCGCAGAAAACCUAGGGCCUUGAUGGACGAGUUUGGCGAUAUCUUGAAGGAGUUAAGCCUGACGGAUGCCAAGGAGCGGAAGGCCAGAGAUAUUAUCUCUAACAUAUGGACCAACGAGGAUACCAACCUGUUGGAAAAAAUAGAGCUGAUCCGGGAGAGGUUAGGCCCGUGGCAAUAUCAACGAUAUAGAAGGAUGAAGUACAAAUUAAAAAGUCUGGGGAAGGAUAUUAGUAGACUCACGGAUGGGAAUAUGAGCGAUAGAUCUACGAACCUGCUUAAAAAACCUCGGUCCAAGCUGAGCCAGUUAUAUGAUGUGGAGGAACAGCAUUGGGCGACCAGGUCAAGAUCCCAGUGGCUGAGGGAAGGGGACAGAAACACGCGCUACUUUCACGUGCGGGCGCCAGGCCGUAGGAAGAAAAAUAGCAUAGAGAAGCUAAAAGAAGUGCAUGAAAAUUGGCACGUUGACAACAAGGAGAUCUACCACGUUGCGUGGGAUUAUUUUAAUGACUUGUUCAAGACUUCUAUAAACUCGGUGGAGGAAAGUGACCUAUAG